AUGCGAGACGCAUGGCUCUGCAGGUCCGCUAGUGCUCCUCUAAGCGCUAGCGACAGUAUUCUCCUCUGCCGACGUGGCGCAGAGACGGCAGAGAUCAGUAACAGACAGGGACGAGCAGCCAGGAUGCAGAGUCAAUGGAGGAAGGGGCGUACCGAGUAUCCUGGAGAUCUGGCUCUUCAGGACGCGACCCAGGCCGUGAUCUUGGGCAUGGUGAUUGGUGCUGGAUGA